GAAAAAAAAUAAAAUAUAAAAAAUAUAAUACAUAGUAUAAUUUUGUCUGUAUUUUAAAUAUUUGUUCUUCGUCGCUUUAGACAAUACUACAUAUAUAAAAGGUCUAUUCAACACCAUAUAUUUUUAAUCCUAAGUUUUUGCGAAUUCGUUUGUUCUUUGUACGAUGUAUAUAUACCUGUGUAUAUUUUCUGUCAUUUGACAUAUUUCGUGUACUUUUUUGUAAGAUAGUCUUUUAAUCACUUUUCGUUUUUUUUGGUCUAUGUUUGGCGAAAUAAUCUAACGCAGUGUAAUACCACGGACAACAUAAAAGAAUUAUACACUUUAGUUAUAUACAAAAUAUAGCAGUAACAUUUUUAUUAAUAAAGCAGCUUUUCCGCAUCUUUCAAGAUAUAUCAAAAAAAAAAAAAGAAGGGAAAAAAUGAAAGAUAAUAAGAAGAAUCCAAAUUUUCUUUUGUCCAUAAUAUCUUCGUUGGGGAAUAUAACAAAAGGAAAGAGUUCCUUUAAAAAAUCGUUCAAAGAAAAGGAAAUAAAAUUAAAAAGCAACAAAUUUGCAACAUAUAUAUUUUUCAAGUCUGUUUUUAGUGUAUUAGUUCUGACUUUGUAUUACCUUCUCCUACAAAACAUCAACACAUCUACAGGAAAUAUAUAUUCAAAUUCACACUUAAAUAAUAGGCACUCGAGGAUAUUAUAUCAAGACAUUCCUUCAUUUUUAAAAGGAUCCAAAGUUAAUAUUGCUUUCGAAGGACAGAAGAAGAAUCCAUUUUCAUUCAAACAUGAUGAUAAUAACAGUUCUUCUGGAAAUGUGGAUAAACAGAAUGACGACUUAAAAAAGAAUUUUUCCAACGACAACCAAUUGAAAAACAACACGGGAAAGCCAGGAGAAUAUAAUAAAAACGAAAUCAUGUUCAGUUGUGCAAAUACUGGUAAAUGUGAAGAAAUAACAGAAGAGGAAUUGAACGAUAAAUUAAAUAACAUAAAGGGGGCGGUUAACACCAAAACGAUGCAUCUCGUAUGGAAAUAUGUGCAUAAUCAUGAGAGGGUAAAUUUUAUUCGAAUGCAACAAGAAACACAGAAUUAUUGUAAAUUGUUAGCUAAACAUUAUAACAUACCAAAAGAAUUUGAAACGAAAAAAUGCAAACAUGUAGAUGAUAAAAUAACGAAUGCACUACUAAAAAAAGAACGUUUUGAUUUAAAAAAUAUAAAGGAAUUUGCUAAGGAAGAUAUUUGUGCAAGGUGGGAAUUUCUGAGGUACAUCAAUUUGAAGAGAAGGUCGUGGAAAGAACUUCGAGAAUCCACAAAGGAAAAGUGGGCAAACUAUAUAAAUGACUUGUUCAAAAAUUAUAAAGCUAAAAAGUGA